AUGAAGGCAGCGGUUUUGGCAGCCGCCGCGGCCAUGGUCGCCGGUGGCGUCAGCGCGGGUCGGUCGCACGGCCACCGUCAUGCUCAUGCGCUCUUUGAGAAGAAGGGCCUCAACGGCACCGACGAGGUCUGCAAGCCGGGCUGCACCACCAUCUACAGCACCAUCACCGGUGAAAUGACCAUCGUUCCCCCCGCCCCCAAGACCACGUCUACCUCGGUCGCCCCCGUGCCCACAACCACCGGCCCCAUCACGGUGCCGACGCCGAUUCCCCAGACCUGCCCGACUCCUGGCACCUACACCUUCCCUGCGACUACCGUCGUGGUGACCGAGACGACCACCGUCUGCGGCGCCACCACAACACAGGUCCCUAGCGGCACCCACACUCUGGGCGGUGUUACCACCGUUGUGACGACGGCCACUACGGUUGUCUGCCCCGUCGCCACCACCGAGACCCAGAACGGCGUCGUCACCAGCGUCAUCAAGACGACCACCUUCGUCUGCCCCUCGGCCGGCACCUAUACCAUUGCCCCGAUCACCACAACUGUCCCCAGCGUCACCACGGUUGUUGUCCCCGUCGUCACCACUUACUGCCCCGGCACCUACACUGCCCCCGCUGUUGUCACUACCGUCACCGAGACCAACGUCGUUGUCUACUGCCCCUUCACCUCGCAGGCGCCUGAGCCCACCCUUGCUCCGGCUCCUACCUCGCCCGCUCCCGCCCCGGCUGAGUCUUCGCCUGCUGAGUCCGCCCCUGCUGCCCCUGCCCCCAGCCUCGGCACCAGCGGCAAGAAGUGGGCCAUGACCUACACCCCAUUCACCCCUGAGGGUGGCUGCAAGGGCGCCGAGGAGGUCAUGUCGGAUGUCGCCGCCAUUGCCGGCGCUGGCUUCACUACGCUGCGUGUCUACUCGACCGACUGCGACACCCUUCCCAACGUCGGCGCCGCUGCGCGCGCUCACGGUCUGCGCAUGAUUAUUGGCAUCUUCAUUGGCAAGGUCGGCUGCGACAACGGCAACCCGGAUGUUGCCGAGCAGAUCGCCGCCCUCAAGGAGUGGAGCCAGUGGGAUCUAGUCGACCUGUGCGUCGUCGGUAACGAGGCCAUGUUCAACGGCUUCUGUAGCGUCUCGGAGCUCACCAGCCUCAUCACGCGCGUCAAGUCUGAGCUCGCCUCGGUUGGCUACAACGGCCCCUUUACCACAACCGAUGUCGUCUCGGCCUGGAUCGGCAACGAUGUUUCGUCCGUCUGCUCCGUCAUCGACGUGGUUGCCACCAACGCCCACGCUUACUUCAACUCGGAGACUUCUCCCUCGGCCGCCGGCAAGUUCGUCGCUGGCCAGCUCUCGAUUGUCGAGAACGUCUGCGGCAAGCCUGGUUACGUCAUGGAGACUGGCUGGCCCAACGCCGGCAAAUGCAACGGCGUCGCCUGCCCCGGUGAGGCCGAGCAGCGCACCGCCAUCGAGUCGAUCGAGAGCGAGCUCGGCAACAAGGUCGUCUUCUUCUCCUUCCGCGACGACCCCUGGAAGCAACCCGGCGACUGCGACUGCGAGCAGCACUGGGGCUGCGCCAAGGUCUGGGGCCUCUAA